AAACGAUAUAUAAAUACCUCCUCACAAUGUUCCCCCUCCUCUUCAACACCGCCCGGGCUCUCCCUCGUACCACACCGCUUUCACGCACCCUCUAUACCUCAUCAUCCUCGCUGGCACCUCGCUCCUUCACCCGUCCAGGCCCUCCUCCCCUGCCCGCCGCCGACCAAGCCGAGUUCGAGGCUCUCCUGAAAGCCAACCAAACCGUCGGUACCAUCCCCAAGGUCAACCAAGUCGACGCCGACGAGGAGCUGCAUAAAGACGUGAGAAAGGGGCCAAAGCCUGAAUUUGAGGGCGAAGUAAACCCGAGAACAGGGGAGAGGGGUGGACCCAAGCAGGAUCCGUUCGUGGCUGGAGACUCGGACUGGCAGUUUGGCGGAAGGGUUACAGACUUCUGAGCCGUCCGAUAUUAGAGUGGAGCUAUCGACCUGUAGCGCGCGCAUAUAGAUGUAUCUUCGAUCCCUUUA